AGCUACCCUCCAAGCCCCAGCAGCCCCAGCAGCCUAGCUACCCCUCCAAGCCCCAGCAGCCCCAGCAGCCUAGCUACCCCUCCAAGCCCCAGCAGCCUAGCUACCCCUCCAAGCCCCAGCAGCCUAGCUACCCCUCCAAGCCCCAGCAGCCUAGCUACCCCUCCAAGCCCCAGCAGCCUAGCUACCCCUCCAAGCCCCAGCAGCCUAGCUACCCCUCCAAGCCCCAGCAGCCUAGCUACCCCUCCAAGCCCCAGCAGCCUAGCUACCCCUCCAAGCCCCAGCAGCCUAGCUACCCCUCCAACCCCUCCAAGCCCCAGCAGCCUAGCUACCCCUCCAAGCCCCAGCAGCCCCAGCAGCCCAGCUACCCCUCCAAGCCCCAGCAGCCCAGCUACCCCUCCAAGCCCCAGCAGCCCAGCUACCCCUCCAAGCCCCAGCAGCCCAGCUACCCCUCCAAGCCCCAGCAGCCCAGCUACCCCUCCAAGCCCCAGCAGCCCCAGCAGCCCACCCAGCUACCCCUCCAAGCCCCAGCAGCCCCAGCAGCCCCGCUACCCCUCCAAGCCGCAGCAGCCCCAGCAGCCCAGCUACCCCUCCAAGCCGCAGCAGCCCCAGCAGCCCAGCUACCCCUCCAAGCCGCAGCAGCCCCAGCAGCCCAGCUACCCCUCCAAGCCGCAGCAGCCCCAGCAGCCCAGCUACCCCUCCAAGCCGCAGCAGCCCCAGCAGCCCAGCUACCCCUCCAAGCCGCAGCAGCCCAGCUACCUCUCCAGACUCAUUCCAAUGUCUUCCCCUGACCAUCCCACAUGGAAGCAGCCCCAACUGCCAUACAACCAACACCAAAGACUCUGGGAAAACUAAGGUUCUUGACCUCUGCCUUGAAGAUAUCUGCAUUUUGGAUUUUAAAUUCAAUAAAGCAUUUGGAACUGA